UGAAGCUUUGGUUAACCGAUACUACCGAAGAGUAAGAAGUUUCUCGUUAACCGAACCAUGCCCACCCCUAGGGCCAGGACUCUCCAUCUUUAACCAAAGGCGUUCCUUCCUCUGCUCCUCGCGUGUAGGAACUAGGAACCUCUCCACCUUUAUCAAAGCCAGUCGAGCUCCUACUGCCCAGCACGGUUGAACGGACUGAGUCCUCACCUCGCGCCUUGGACUCCUAGCAGACAAUUCGAGUUCAAAGGAUGGUGCUGUGCAAGUUGUCUGAGUUGACUACUUUCUUCCAGGAAAUUAGAAUCUGAAGCCAAUUGAUAGGAGCAAUACACAAAAUCCCCAGACACCAAAAUGUGUACUCAAGCAUCUGGCGGGUUAGAACUCAGACCACUGGGCGGUACGGGCUUGAAUGUUAGCUCCCUGGGCUUUGGAGCCUCUCCACUCGGCAAUGUUUUUGGGAAUGUGCCCGAAGAAGAAGCUCUCGCCGCUGUGCAUAAUGCCUUUCACCUUGGAAUCAAUUUCUUCGACACCUCUCCGUACUAUGGAGGAACAUUAUCAGAAAAGGUACUUGGGAAGGCUCUGAAGGCAUUAGGAGUGCCUAGAGAUGAGUACAUUGUAUCCACCAAGUGCGGGAGAUACAAGGAAGGCUUUGAUUUUAGUGCUGAAAGAGUUACUCAGAGUAUUGAUGAGAGUUUGGAGAGGCUCCAGCUUGAUUAUGUUGAUAUACUAAAUUGUCAUGACAUUGAAUUUGGAUCUCUUGAUCAGAUUGUGAAUGAGACAAUUCCUGCCCUUGUGAAACUAAAGGAAACUGGGAAAGUUCGUUUCAUUGGUAUAACUGGACUUCCGUUGUGGAUUUUUACUUACGUGCUUGAUCGGGUCCCACCAGGUACUGUGGACGUAAUUCUUUCAUAUUGCCACUACAGUAUUAAUGAUUCAACAUUGGAGGACCUCUUGCCUUACUUGAAGAGCAAGGGUGUGGGUGUGAUCAAUGCUUCUCCUCUCGCAAUGGGGCUCCUUACUGAGGCUGGACCUCCGGAGUGGCAUCCUGCUUCACCUGAACUCAAGGAUGCAUGUCGAGCUGCUGCUUCUUAUUGCAAAGAAAAGGGGGAAAACAUCUCAAAGAUGGCUAUUCAAUACAGCUUGUCUAAUAAAGAUAUUUCCACAACACUGGUUGGAAUAAUGUCCGUUAAACAGGUCGAAGAAAAUGUAGCAGCUGCGAGAUCUGGAAAGGAAGAAGAAAUCCUAUCUGAGAUUUCACACAUUCUUAAAAAAGUAAAAAACCAAACGUGGCCUAGUGGGAUUCACAAUAAAGUUGAUAACUAAUUGCUACCAUCUGCUCCAAAGUUUGUAAUGCACUUCGUUUAUUUAUCUUUUCCCGUAACAAUGUAUAUUUUGUAAACAUGCUUUUCAAUAGCACCAUUUUUUUCAACCAAAAAUAAAAUAAAAUAAUGUGAUGGCUU